GCCAUUUCCCGCUGCGGUUCAGCCGGGCCCAGCGGCCCUGCUCAGCCGAGGGGCCCGGCGGGACGCGGCCCCACGCCCCCGCCGCUCCUCCUGGCCGCGGGGCGAGGCCCGCACCAAAGACCGCGCUCCCGAAGCACAGGGCUCGUCGGCAGCGGCGGGCGGCUCCGCGUCCCCCGGGCCCAGCGCGGCCGUUGCCGGGCCCCGAGCAGCCGUUACCGACCACCCGCAGGGCUCCCCGCCCCUGGAGCUGGGGGCGCUAAAGGCGUCGGACGCCGGGAGGCGGGGCAGCUCCGCGCGAGCGGGGAGGCGGGGCAGCGAGCCCCUCCGCCAUUCACGGGCAGGGGCGGGCUUGUCACGUGCAGCCCCGCUACCCAAUAGGGAGAGGCAGUGUCUUGCGGGCCGGGAUUCAAACGGUCGGCGGGCGCGGCGCGUGCGGCGGCCGGUCUCCGUGGAGACGGUGGGACCCGGCCGCGUCCAUGGAGCUGAGGCUUGUCGGCCCUGGGCCCUACCGCGCCACGCGGCUGUGGAAUGAGAUAAUCGAGCUCUUUCGUUCUGGGAUGCCUUUGCGGAAGCAUCGGUGCCGCUUCAAAAGCUAUGAGCGUUGUUUCAAAGCCUCGGAGGCAGUGGACUGGUUACAUGAACUACUCGGCUGUAAUCAAAACUUUGGCCCAGAAGUAACUCGCAAUCAAACAGUUAAGCUGCUUAAAAAAUUCCUGAAAAAUCAUGUUAUUGAAGACAUUAAAGGAAGAUGGGGCAAAGAGGACUUUCAAGAUGAUGGUCACUUAUAUAGGUUUCCUCCUUCCUCUCCACUGAAGCCAUAUCCAAAGAAACCUUCAUGUACAAAGGAAGUAAUUAAAUUUCCAGAUUGGAAUGAACCUAAGGCUGGCACUUCCCAAGAACACAUCCUGGUGAAAUCAGUCACAGUGAACUCUGAAAUGUGGUACAAGCGUCACAGUAUAGCUAUAGGAGAAGUACCAGCGUGCAAGCUUUUGUACCGCAGAGAGCUAACACAGGCAAAUAUAGAAGAGGUCUGGAAAUCCAUGACAUUGUCACGCUUACAAAAGAUCUUGGGUUUGGAUUCUUUGGAUGAAGUGCUAGAUACAAAGCUUGUGAAUUCCAAGCAUAUUGUUCAAAAUGUGUACAAUGUCAAUAAGCAAGGCAUUGUCAUUUUAGAAGAUAAAUCAAAGGAAUUACCUCACUGGAUAUUAUCAGCAAUGAAAUGUCUAGCAAAUUGGCCCAGCUGCUCAGAUUUGAAGCAGCCCACAUAUUCAGGAUUUGAAAGAGAUGUCUUCAAAACUAUAGCAGACUACUUUGGCCAGAUGAAAGAACCUCUUCUCACAUUUCAUCUUUUUGAUAUUUUUGUCAGUGUGUUAGGUCUGCUGCAAAAACACAGCAAGGUCAUAGAAGCUCUUCAGAUUUCCUGUCUCCUGCUGCCUCCAGAAAAUCGGAAAAAACUACAGCUGUUGGUGAAGAUGAUGGCAAGAAUUAGCUUUAACAAGGACUUGCCACCUCUUUCUGAAUCAGUGAGGACCAGAACCUUGAUGGUUCAGGCAUUUUCUCGUUGCAUUCUCUGCUCAAAGGAUGAAAUGGACUUGGAUGAACUGCUUGCUGCUAAACUAGUAUCUUUUCUCAUGGACAAUUAUCAAGAAAUCUUAAACAUUCCUUCCUCCUUAAAAGCUUCUAUAGAGGAACAUGUUGUACAUCUCCAAAGAGUCCAAAUAAAAUAUGCUGGAGCUGACACUGAUGCAACUUUUCCUGCACCAUCAUUUUGUCACCAAAUCAGUACAGAUGAAUUUGAAUCACAGAGGGCAAAUGGCUCUCAAGAACCACUGGAAGCUUUAUUGGAAGAAAUUGCAAUGAAUAAAGAAAUAUCUGUCAAAGACAAGAAGAAGAAACUCAAACAAUUUCAGAAGUCUUACCCCGAAGUGUAUAGAAUACGAUUUCCUACUCCUGAAGCUGAAGCAGUGCUAUUUCCAGAAAAAAAUAAGCAGAAACCACCAAUACUGAUGUGGGCCUUAAAAAAGCCAUUUCAACCAUUUCACAGAACCAGAAGCUUUCGGAUGUAAAUGGUUUGCAAUUCAUCAGCAAACUGAAUCCAAGCAUAUUAUCGAUUGGAUAUUAUGCAAAAGGAGCCUGACCAGCGAGUAAUUACUCAAACUACUGGAGUAGUAGUUCUACUGCUGGCGCAGUAGAAAAGGCCAAAAGAAGAGGAGAGAAUUGAGGAGGUAGAAAUGUGAACCUUUAUCAGUAUUUUUUAAAAUCAUUAUUUUUUUUAAUGCCCGUUAUUUUUGAAAAACCACGAUGGUUAAUCUACAUGGGUGGUAAGACAUAUUUGCUGUAUUCUAACCAUGCCUUCAUGAUCUAAAUGCAUUUUUUUUUUUUGUAAUGUACUGUUGGCAUCUUGUAAACAGAAAUUUUUCCCCUGAAAAUAAGUCUGUUGUAUAAAUUGGACUAUAUUUGUUCACAUUUAGCUUGAGGAAUUAAUAUGCUGUACAUACUUGAAUAUGUAUGAAACACUGGAUUUUGUUUGUGUAUCGUAGCAUUCUUGAUAUCUAAGGCUGAUUUCAGCGAAGCGUAAAAACUAGUCCUUAAUUUCCUGAUUCAUGUGAUGCAUUACAGUUUGAGUCAACUGUUGAAAUUUCAUUAACUUCUAUAGUGCCAACCCAGGUUUUUAAAGCAAUUUCCAUACCUCUUAAUAAAUAUUGCUGUUUAAAAUUGGAUGCUUGUCCAAUAGAAGUUGCACAUUUUAUCAAAAAAAUCUGAGCCGUGCAUUUCCUCUGGAAAAGACAGGCAAAUGUGGAAGUGACAUUAAAGGAUACAUCCCUUUAAUGGUUGCAUUUCAGUGCAUUAUGAAAUAUACUGUAUCUGUAACUUGACUAUGUAUAACUUGAUUGGUCCUGACAGCACUUUUGAGCUAGUAAAGCAUUAACAUUUUCAGAUAUUUACUUAAAGUGGUGGUUUCAUGUUAACAAUCAGAUUUUUAAUAAGCAGCAUUUCACACACAUUGAAUCCCCAGAGUAGAAUCUGUGCAGGUGAGAAGGUAGCUGACAUCUCACCAAACUGCUAUCUGAAAAUAUAAUAAGCAUCAUGGUGACUGAUUGUCCUGUAAUGUAAUAUUGAGAGCAUUUUCACUUUACUAACCUCUUAACUGGUCAAUAAGUUUUAAGAUGUACAUUGCAAGGUGGCUAGCUUAAUAGAUUGGAAAAUUCCUCAAGCAUUGUGCUUUUGAUGAACAGUAUAUGCAUGAUUCCAUGAUGUGUUUUCACACAUUGGUUAUACUUGGAUUUGAUUUUAAUAACCAUUUCUUAAGCAAAAGUGAUACAUUUUUCUUUAGCAAUAUUAAAGAAAUGUUAACUAAUUUA